AUGAAGUCGUAUAUUCCACGUACACUUCAGGAAGUUGAACUGCGCGAAAAAGAAUUUCGAGCUCACACAUCUGUUGACUUGGAGGAGAAUCUCUAUGCCAAGCUCACCGGGUUAACCGUUGCUCAGAAACGAGUACGCGUGGGUGCGAGCUCGUCCAGAAGUCGUACUGCUUCGGAUUCAAGUGUUGCCCGCGCUGGAGCUCUGGAUGCCGCGUCGAAAAAUCAAGAUAUGUCUUUGGCAAUCGAUGGCGAACUCGACCACGGCGAUGUUGUCGAUCUCGAGGUCCCUCUGUCCGAGCCGGCUACCGUUCGUGGUCUCCCAAAAAAGGAUAAGAGUCAAGUCCGGACGAUGUCCCCGGUCACUUCGAGCAGCAGCCUGCGGCCCCAAGAAGACAGGCCAGACGCAGAAAGGCUGUCAAAAAUGCUUGAGCAACAGUCAAGGAUGGAUCAUAUCGGUUUCUUCGCAGCAGUAGAUCCCGGCAGCACCCUCGUGCAUGAAGCUGCUAUCACUGAAACUGUCACAGGGGUAGAGGAGAGUGAUAUAUUCCCUGAUAACGACAGAAGCGAGACCUCUUCUGGAGAGCUGUGGCUUCGACCACAUCGUGAGGAGCCUAUGGACCCUUACGAAGGAUUGUCAAAGAAGGAAUGGAAGAAAAGAAUCAAGGCCGAGAACAGAGAGAAGAGAGAGAAGAAAACUCCUAAGCAUGUGAAGAAGCGGAAGGAGGUUCUCGCCAAGAGAAGACGUGGGACAAAGUAA